ACUAAGUUUCUCUGUGUAUGAAAACCUGAUCCUCAAAUUGAGUUUAGAUUGAGAAUCAUCAUUGUAAACGGUUUGGUUUGAAACGCCAUCAAAUUGACCUUCUUAUUUUUGAUUGUGUUUUGUUCAGUCGUCAAAUGUAUUAUAGUUGACCCAAAGUUUUCCAAGGGAUGUUACCAAUUCUUGUUGCCACUGAGAGAAUUAUUCAAAGUGAUAAUAAUGAACAACAUCAACAAUCUCAAUCACUACAAGCCCACCAGCAACACCAUCCAGCCUCUAAUCAUCUCUACCAACCAUCAAAUUCACAGCAACAACACCAACAAGCAUCCACAUCACUCAGUGCAAUUAUCAAUGAGAGAGCCUCAAGUAACUAUCAAACCUUUAAUAGUGACAAAUAUGACAUCGGCUAUAGUGACUCGGACUAUCCAAUUAAGGACGAUGAAAUUACCACCUAUUGUACAAGUAAACAUCCAAAGAUCAAUUUCUUUUUCUUUACCUCGUUCUAUGUUGUUUUCCUCAUGUUUGGUGCCAUCAUUUUCUUGAUCAUUGAACAACCAAGAGAAAUUGAAUCAAGAGAUGAUCUCAUUUCUGUUCAGGAAUCAUUUCUUUCCAAAUAUCCUCAUGUUGAAGUGGAGGAUGUAAAGCAAUUAAUUACGGUGAUGUUGAAAGCUCAACAAGACGGUUAUUAUGUGCCAAUUGUUGGGGACGAUUUAGUUAUUAGCGAAGAAUCGAUGAAUGAAUUGACAAAGAGUUCAGAUGAUAAAGAUACAGAUAAACAACCGUCUUCGCCAUCAGAUGAAACAGCUCAAUCACCAUCGCCACCGAACGCAACUACAAGUAAAUCUACUUUACGAUUAAGAAAACCCAAACCGAUUGACAAGUCAACAUCUUCAUCGACAUCUUCUUCACCAAUUUUGUCUCUAAAUGCAACCAACGAGGCCUUAGUUUCUUACGAAAUAGCCGAUGACCUAGAAAACAAGACGGCCAACAACAGGUCAACCAUUAAAUUAGCACCGAUCAGAUCAAUAACCAAUUGGCGAUUCAGUUCAUCCCUUUUAUUUGUCACCUCUCUGGUUACCACCAUUGGUUAUGGUAAUUUGACUCCUCUCACUGUUACCGGUAAAAUCACUUGUAUCGUUUUCUGUAUUUUCGGUGUACCUGCAACUUUGACCUUCUUUUCCACCCUGGUAACAAUCUUUGUCCGUGGUCCAGUUAAACGAUUAGAAGCUUGGCUCAUACGAAUAAUAAUCUAUCUUCAUCGAUCAGCUUCCGUUUUCACUGUUCGAAUAAUCCAUCUUGUGAUAAUCACUUCGUUCCUAAUGGUUAUCUGCCUUUUCAUUCCGGCCUAUUUUUUUUACCUCAAUGAGGACGAAUGGACUUAUCUUGAGUCGUUCUAUUGUUGCUUCAUCUCCCUGACCACCAUUGGGCUAGGUGACUUUGUUCCAGGUAUCGAAGGGCCAGUUGCCGAUCUUUUGUAUCCUUUCGUUAUUGUGGUCUACCUGUUUUUCGGCCUCUCAAUGAUCAUGGUUUGGCUCGCCCUUAUUCAUCGUAUUCCACAAUUGAAUCUAUCCGAUGCUCUUGUUCCUGAUGAUAAGGAGGAAGAUAAAAUUGCUGAAGAAGAGAAUGCUAAAAAUCGAGAGAGACUUCGUAUUCUAACAAAUCAGUUGAUUCUCCAACAUCGACUCAAAAAAAUUAGUUCAAUUCGAAUUGAAGAACCAAGUUCACAAAUUAAGAACAAUCAAUCACUGAUACCUUAAAGUGAAACAUUAAGAUAAUCAUUAACCCGACACAGAAAAUAAUUGACCAUCAAUCAAAUGCAAAGAAACGGAAAAGCUAAAAAAGUAACAAUUCGAGUCAAGAAUUAACUAAAUCAUCGCCUAAUUGAGAUCAAAUAUCUUUAUAUAAACACGAGGAAGCCUUUGAUUGGCACUAUUUCCUCUUUCUAAUUCCCCUAUUACUCCAACUUCGUCCUUUUCACCCACUCGAACCAUUUAAAACACCACCAACAAUCAAAUCAAUUCCCACCAAGCCCUCAACCUCUCGAUCCUCGUCCAUUUUGCCCACUGCCCACUGUCCACUCUCCUUUCUCAUCAUAUUUUUUGUCUCUUCUUUUCAUCACAUUUUAUCAUUUUUUUCUCUCUCAUGUUAACUUUUCCCGCUUUUUUACAAUCAAUUACACCAAACAAUCAUCAAUGAAUAUGAUUUAACAUCAAAUCAUCAAGAAUCAAACAUUAAAUUGGGUCGUAUUGAGAAAUGAAAAACAAACUUAAUUGGGAAAUUCUUAAUUAUUACAAUUUAUUUGAAAUUAACUCUAUUUUGGGUUAAACUGAAACAAUCAAACGAAUACAUCUAGUUGAUUAUUUAAUCGAACGCUCAAGUUUAAUUAUUUUUCAUUAAUUUUUUAAAUUCAACAUAAGAAAGUUCCAACUACUUAAUUAUCAACAUCUACUUAAUUUACCAACAAUCAAUGAUAAAAAUAAUAAAUAAUAAAUUGCUACAUAAUAAUAAAAACUAAAGACUAACUAUAA